AUGUCAUCUGUAGUUAAGCAAAGAUCAGUAACUUUUAUUAAUAGUGGUAGUCUUCCUAAAUUGACAACUAAAGAUUUGGAUUUAGAUUCAUGUUAUAAUGAGAAUGAGAUCGUUAUCAAAGUUUAUUCUGCUGCUCUGAAUCCAGUGGACUCUAUUAUGCAUUAUUCUGCAAACAAAUGGAUUACUUCAAGUUCUUUGAAGACUUAUGGUAAAGAUUAUGCAGGAGUCAUCGUGAAAAGAGGUGAUAAGGUGGAUCCAAAAUUUAAAGUCGGUGAUAAAGUUAAUGGUUUGAUAGUCAGUCUUUUUGGAACACAGGGCUCCUUUUCAGAUUACUUGGUCUUAGAUCCGUCUAAACAAGCAUCGAUUGGUCAUAUGAAUAACUUUGACUAUCUAGAUAAUUAUAUUAACUCUAAAUUCAAUGAAUUUGAUAUCAACGCUUCCUAUCCAUUAGUCUUCGGUACUGCUUAUUUUGUAUUGUUUAAUAAGGGACAGAAAUGGACCUCUGAUUCAAAAAUUUUGGUUAAUGGUGCAUCUACUGCCGUGUCUCAUUGUCUUAUCCAAAUUGCAAAGAAAUAUUUGAAUAUUGGUACCGUGGUCGGUAUUUGUAAUUCUAAAUCCUUUGAAUAUAAUAAAAAGGCUGGGUUUGAUCACUUGAUUGCAUAUGAUGAACUAAACAUAUUGGGUAAAGUUCAAAGCUUGGUAAAUGAAACUUUCAAUGGUGGAAAAUUUGACUUAAUUUUUGACUCAGUCGGUACUUCACAAUUUUUCCCUAUUAUUGAAACUAUUUUGAAACCAAAAAGCGAAAACUCUUAUUAUCUCACUAUUGUAGGGAAAGAGAAACUAAAAUACAACUCUAGUCUAUUGGAUUAUAUGUGUAAGAUCCCUGUAUUCGAUUAUAUCAAAUCUUUUAAUCCAUGGAGAAAGUUCAAUUAUGAUGUAAUCAUGUUAGAACCAAAGGCGAAUUACAUGGAACUAGCCUCAAAAAUGAUUUCUAAGAAAGAGUUUUUACCGCCUUUAGAUUCAUUAUAUAACUUUGAAGAUUUCCAAGAAGCUUUAGAUAAAUUGAAUAGUAAUAAAGCUAGAGGUAAAAUUAUUUUGAGAAUAAAUGAAGAUUAA